GCCCGCCUUCCUCACGGUCCCUGCGCGCACGGCCGCGGCGCCCCGCGCUCCGCGAGCAGUGCACGCGCCGGCGGUCGGUACAGGCCUUGGCGCGGUUGGUGUGGGCGCAGCAGCCGCUCUCGCUGGUGCGCAGGCAUUUUUCGGGAAGCGGCGUAGCCGCCCCACGGUCCGAAAUGCCGGGCCGAUCCUGUUCGGCAGCCAGGGAAGCCGAUCUCCACUGGUGAACUGGUACCUCCACGAGAUAGGCCAGGAGUUCGAGAUGGUGCAGGCGGCGCAGGUGGACCGCACCUCCCCAGACUACCCGCACCCCUUCGGAAAGAUUCCAGCGCUUCAGGACGGCGAUGCCAAGGUCUUUGAGUCCGGGGCCAUCCUCAUGUACCUGGCCGACAAGUAUGGCGGCUUGGACACCCCAGCCAAGCGUGCCGAAGCCGGCAAGUGGGUCGUCUGGGCCAACGCCAGCUUGGACCCCAUUUGCUUCAAGGAAGACGGCAACGGCCGCGUGCUGGGGACGGGCCUGGCCGACGACCCGCCGGCUCUCAGGACACUCGACGCAUUCCUCGCUGAUCGCGAGUUUCUUCUCGGCAGCGGAGAGGAGUCCUUCUCUGUGGCCGACGUGGCCGUGGGCUCCUACUUGCUGUAUGUACCACUGUUCUUCCCCGACAUCAACACGCUCCCUCGCUGGCCCAACGUUCAGCGUUACAUGCUGCAGCUUCUCAAGCGGCCGGCCUACGCCAAGGCCUUCGGUGAGGGCACUGCGCAGAAGCUGCAAGAUGUUGUGUCCCGCCAAGCCGAUUCGAAGCUCUUCGGCCUCUUCUGA